AUGGACCUACAUGAUGCCGCACACCACUCUGCCUACUCUAGCACCAAUGGAAACGGCCAAAGGCGAUCUAGGACCAGCGUUCAUGACGGACCGCCCAUUCCUGGGAUGUGGGGCUUCCUGACUUCGGGUUACUUUGUCGGGUUGUUUAUCAUGGCCUUCGUGCUCAAUCGCAUCCAGAACAUCGUCGUCCCUCCACGUCGGCCGCCGGGCUUCCGCAUACACCGCAACCAGUUCGGCCUGCGCGACCGCCAUCUCUCAUGGCACCAGCUUGUCAUGGCCCGGUUCUUCCCCGUCGACUUCUCCUCGACAUUCUCUAGGAUGCUCUUGCGUGUCCCUUCCAUGUACCUGCUUGGAAAAGCGGUAAUUCUUUGGGCUGCGCUUUUGCUACAGGCCCAGCAGGGUUUCGCGGCCCUUGAAACGUCGUGGUUGCAGUCACUCGGCGCUUGGGCGGUCAGCAAGAAGAUGGAGGAUGUCUGCUGGUACACAUUUCUUUCUGCGUGUAUCGCCCUAUGUAUCGGGACCCUCACUACCGGUCUUGAGGGACUUAACAUGAACGAUACCUCGCCCUUCAAUCUGUUUGCGUUUGCGUUCCAGCUAUAUGUCUGCUCGGCUGCACAUAACCUAUCGCAGAAGGAAACGGAGGCGCCAUCCAGGCCAGACGUACAUGUCAUCAUCACAAUCAUGCUCCCGCUCAUUCAAUUGACGAUCAUGCAUUGCCUCGAAGUCAAGCAUCGCUGGACGCAAUACCGCCUCAUCGUUUCGAGCGCAAUCGGCGUCUUCGCGCUGACCCACUUCCACUACGUCGUCUGGCUUUCGCCACCCGCGUACCCGCUCACGACCUUCGCCGCACGCGUCGUGGAGUCCGUCAUGCUCGUCGUCGUCGCCUUCACCGUCGCACUUAACGCGCUCACGCAGCUCCUGCUCACCGGCUCGCUCUCCCGCCCGCUGUUCGGCCACUCCGCCAUCCUCCCGCGCGCAGACGAGGACUUCAACGUCGCGCUCUUCCGCCUCGGCACUGCCAGCAUGGACGCGACAGCUGUCGCAGGGCUCGGGAACGAGGUCGGCGGCGUCGCGAGCACACCCGGGGCCUCCGCCGCGCUGUCGCGGGCGGACGUCGUGCGCGGCGAGCUCGAGCUGGACCGGACGGGCGUCACGGCGCUGUCGUCGGCGUACGAGCUGCGCGGGGCGGCGCGCCGGGUGCGCAAGGGGUUCGCGAACGAGAUUGUGAGCGUGAAGGCGAAGGGCGCGAAGACGGACGUGUGGAUGAACACGGUGCUCAACGUCGCGUGGCAGCGCCAUUUUGGCGCCUUCUUGCUCAGCGUGUGGAGGGCGGCGAGGCGCGUGUUGGCAUUAUGCGCGGCGUGGUUGCGCGGAUCGCCAGGGGUAGGCGGGCGGGAACGGUCGACCUCCGUCGUUGUGCUGGACGAACCUAUCAUAUCCGCUACCUCUGGGAGUGCAGGCGGCCCCGAGGACGACCCGUACGCCAGGUUUCUGCGGGGAGAGCCUGUCAGCGAUGAUGACGAAGACUUCGAACCAAGCGGCCUACACGGUCUCCGAGAAACAUCGCCAGCCACGCCAUCGGGCCUCUCUGACUCCGAUAGCGAGGAUGAAGACGAGGGUGGGGAUGGAGAGGAAGACGAGCACCGCGGCGAGCAAGCGCAGCUAUAUGCUGAUCUCUCGACUUCAGCGUCCCAGGCCGCCUCUGCGCCGCUCCUCCUCGCACACAUGACCGACACCUCCCCCUCACCGCUGACGCGGCGCGGGUACAGACGACUGGUGUCCGGGGCCCGCCGUACGGACGAGUACGAGGAGUGGGAUGAGUUCGUGCUCGAGCGGCGACGCACGAAGCGGGCGGAGGUGGAGGCCAGGGGGGCGGACGCGUUCGCCGAGCACACGCGCAACUGCGUGAUCUGCACGGUCGAGCCGCGAGACAUCAUCUGUUGGCCGUGCCGAUGCCUUGCGUUGUGUGAUGACUGCCGCGAGAACCUCGCGUCGCGGUCCUCGGCGUCGAAGCAUACGUGCCCGUGUUGUCGGCGGAGCGUGGAGGGCUAUUCGAAGAUAUACAUACCCUGA